AACGGGUAAUGGCGCCGUUAAAAAACGAGAGUCGGCACCGACGCGGCAAUGGGUUUAUAUAAACAAGGAACAGAAACAGGACGCACUUCGACACCGUUCUUGGAAUCGCGACUUCACUCUGAUGCUUUAGUACAAUCCCAAGCAAUCCACAGUAUUAUGGAGAUGGAUGGUACAGAUGUUUGCAUGGACAAAGAGCCAGAUCUUGUAAUAACAUAUUCCACUGGAGGAGUUUCUCAUGUUUCAUCUUGUGAGGACAGCCUCAGUCAUCAAGAUGUCAUGGAGUCGUUUGGGGAAAUAAAUGGAGAUCAUGAUAUCAACAAUUCAGAAGAGGGAAGCGAAGCAAAGGAAUAUGAAGUGAAGGAAUGCACAAAUGAAAAAUCAAUCAAGAUUCCUGAACUGCACCUUUCAGAGAAACCUGACCAACAACAAAAUGUGGUCAGCUCGAAGAAUGAGAAAGAGAGACUGGAGGAGAAGGUACUACAAGAAGGAAAGAAUGAUGAAAAAUCUCUUUUAACUGUGAACUCAUCGAAAUCUUCUGCUGGAAAUGUUCGUACAAGACACACUGUUCCGCAGCCCUUUGCCUUAGCAACAGAAAAGCGUGCUUCAUGUGGUACUCGAUCUCCCAAUGCUAUCACCACUGAAAAAUCUACCAAAAACAAUGUUCGGCCUGCAAAGACCAAAUCAAAUCAGCCCGCAUCACCCCGGGUGCUGAGGAAACCACUGCAACCUACUAACAAGAAGCAUGCUGAUGAGGAAGAUUCCUGCUCGGUAGUUUCCAUCAGUGCAGCAUCAUCUCGGGCUAUCAAGACCAGAAUUACUGUUGCAUCAGCUCCUUCAUUUAGAUGCACAGAGCGUGCAGAGAAAAGGAAGGAGUUUAAUUCGAAAUUGGAGGAAAAACUCCAGGCUCUGGUGGCUGAGAAGACAGAGUGUGAGACGAGGUCCAAGGAAGAGACUGAGGCGGCUAUCAAACAACUGAGAAAGAGUUUAUUAUUCAAAGCAAAUCCAAUGCCAAGCUUCUACCACGACGGGCCUCCUCCCAAGGCUGAGCUGAAAAAGCUCCCACCAACUCGUGCAAAGUCACCUAAACUUGGCCGACGUAAGAGUUGCAACAAUGUUGUUCAUUCAUCGUACGGAGACAAGAUAAAAGUCAGUUGUGGCAAGGGAACUGGUCGCCGUAUAGAGAGUUGCAACAAAGAUAUCAUUGCAUUGAAUGUUAUUGGGGACCAGAGCGAUGUCUUUCGCUUUGUAGAAAACAAGCUGAAGCAAGGCGGAGCCUUUUCCGAGAAGAGAUAGGAGUAUCGACUUCAGUUAUUGACAUGCAUGGUUGACGAAGCAAAACGAGGGAAUACAUAUAAAUGCAAAACGUUGAAACAAACUUGAAGUAAUCUCACUUUGACACAAACAUCAGAAGCUGAGAAACCAGUUUCUCACGGGUCUUCUUUCCCACAGCCAAGAAAAACAUUUAGUCUAUCGUCUGGACUCUCAACUGUCUUUGACGAUGCAGCCAGCUGAAGAGUUGCUUGGCUCCCUUUUCUAAGGUUGAAGGCUUAUCUUUUCUCCACUAGUGGGGGACUCGCAUUAAUCUGAAUUGUGAACUCAAUGUCUGUCCUUACAGCUAAAGUUUCUAUAGUUAAAAAAAGAAGAGGGGCCUCAUAAAGAAAAAGAUGCAGCUGUCGUGAUCAUCCUUCUACAAUGCCAAAAUUUGCGACGACUUCAAGUUAAAAAUUGAAGAUCUUGAUUUGGUAGAUGUGGAAAAAGUACAACCCCUUGGAGUGUACAACUGAAUCAUUGACCUUCAAAUUUGUAAGUUUGAAUCUCUCGAUAUAUAUAUAACUGCACGAAGAACCAUUGGCAUGCUCUCAUUUAUUUAUUUCUCUAGAUUUGUUGAGGAGAAUGGAAACUGGUUCGAGAACGUUUGUAUGAAUGAGCUUAAAAAGAGAAUCUUUCAUCCGAAUGAUCUCGGACCAGGCUUCAUUCUCGCCAGCUCUUCAGUUAUCUAGUGCAUGACGACUAAGGAGUAAGUUUACAUCUCCCUCUCCAUUUUAAAGUUUUUUCUGGUGAUUGUGUCGGAGGGAAUGAUGUAUAGGCCGAAGAAGGCAAAGUCAUACUUUGUUUCAUGGAGUUUACUUCAAAGUACUAUUCUAUGCAUUAUAAUUUUCUGCUACUUUUGUUUAA